AUUCAAUAAGAUAAGGUGGCUUACGAUAAUACUAGAGUAGUAGUCUCAACUCAUAUGCUGUUGACUGCAGAAUUUUCCCACAGCCUCGUUCUCGAUUCCAUAUAAAUAUCUGGUUAAUCUAUUUGAUAUGUUAUUCUUGCUCCCGGAAAGUUAUAACCUUAAGCCCAUAGAUUGUCCUCCCUUUGGUUCUGAUUCGUCUUUUCGAAAGGGGUAUUCAAUUUGGCAGGCAUAUCUCCUAAUUUGAGCCGCUUCAUCUGUAGGGUUGGGCUGUACCUAUACCUGCUAUCAUGAUGUUCAAUAAAACGCAGACGAGAACAUGGCUGGGGGCAUUCGUACCAGAAUCAUCAUCAUACCUUUCCUUCUUGUUAAUAUUCUGUUCGAUAACGCAAUCAACUACCACGGGAUAUGAUGGCUCCAUGUUGAACGGGCUGAAUAUUUUGCCUUCCUAUACGAAUUAUUUCGAACUAACACCCGCGACAACAGGUCUAAAUACGGCCUCUGUAUUCAUCGGCGGCAUUCUCGGUACGAUUAUCUCCGGCAUUCUGACUGAUAAACUUGGUCGGCGUCCGGCUAUGUUUUGGGGGUCCGUUAUAACUGUUAUCGGUACGGCUAUCCAGGCAGCGGCUCAAAAUAUCGCCAUGUUCGUUGUCGGGCGUAUUAUUUUAGGUUUCGGAUCUUCUCUCUCGGGCGUAUCUGCAGGCGUAUUUCUCUCCGAGACCUUUCCUAGCAGCCUACGUGCUUGGGGUCUUGGGAUGAUGAACGAUUUCUAUUACGUAGGAGCUUUAGUGGCAUCUGGGGUUACUCUAGGAACUGGACAAUGGCAAUCAACAUGGGCUUGGCGACUGCCAUCGCUAAUACAAGGGGUUUUCUCGCUUCUUUGCAUUAUCAUACUACCCUUCGUUCCAGAAUCACCGAGGUGGCUUUGCCAUAAAGGAUAUUACGAAGAUGCACGAAUAUCCGUAGCUCAAACAAACACUAAUGGCGAUCUGCUAGACCCUGUGGCUAUCGCGGUGUAUAAGGAGAUCCUCGAUGCCCUUGAGUGGGAAAAGAAAGAAGGCCGAACGAUAAGCCCAAAGGAGAUUAUCAAGACCCCUACCUUGAGGAAGCGACUUCUUAUAGGAAUGUCUGCAGCGCCCUUUUCAUGUGUUGCUGGCAACAUCAUCGCCUCAUACUAUUUAGGUGCCGAGCUUCAGACCGCCGGUAUCACCAAUUCAACUGACCAGUUGAAGGCCAAUGUCGUGUUAAACGUGUGGUGUCUCUUAUGUGCUUUAGUCGGUACACAUAUGGUGUCUCGAUGGGGCCGAAAGCCUACAGCCCUUGUGUCGGAAACGCUUCUUGUCAUAUGCCUAUUCAUAAUCGGCGGACUUUCUAAACUCUAUGCCGAUAACCCGAUGGGUGCUUCUCAAAGCCUCGUAUAUGGAAAUGUCGCGGUGAUGUUCCUGUUCCAAGGGUUUUAUUCUAUGGCUUGGACGCCAUUGCUUUUCCUCUAUCCUCCGGAGGUCUUUUCGGUACUCCAUUAGAGCCAAUGGCCUGGCUGCUUCGACGCUCUCUUUAAACACGCUCGCGUGAGUUUCUGAGUUUUAACACUUAAUAUCGGCCCUGACAUUAUUUUCCAGGUGUGUGUUCGUGUUCAUCAUGCCCAUCGGUCUCAGUAAUAUAGGAUGGAAGAUGUAUAUGGUUAACGGUUCUUGGGAUAUUGUUAUUGCUAUACUUAUCGCGAUAUUCUGGGUGGAAACCAAGGGCAAGACACUGGAAGAGAUAGACGCCUUAUUUGAGGGAGAAAAGCACUCGUCCGUCCCUGAUGUCGAACAGAUUCGAACGGGACGAGCUAAGCUUGACGUUAAGACAAUAGAGCCAUUGUCGAUCUAGUCCAAGCUCUGCUCACUAAGUUUGCCAAUGGGCGUUAUUUUCUUUUGGAUGGGUUGGAUGGGAAUAGAGUAAAGGAGCUUUCACAAGAUAGGUAGCUUAAAUGAUAAGAGAUACAGUAGGUUAGGGAGGUAGCUUGGUAUCUACAGGUAAGCGAGAAAAUGGAUAGGGAAUAAAUCAACCUGCAUAAGGUAUACAGUAGUUUAUAUAUAAUAAUCAAUUGCUAUAUUGCCGUUACAUAGGCUCAUA